CCUGAAUGUUACAAUUGACCAAGAAAGAUACCAAUGAAACGAAUUUGGAUCAAACGCGUACUGCCAUGAGUGACACGCACGCACACGUUCUGAUGGCGGGCGCUUGUGCCGCCUUCACGAUAGACCUGCUGGUCUAUCCUCUCGACACCCUCAAAACACGGUGGCAGAGUCAGGAUUACAUAGACACGUUCAAGAAAUCAGCGGGAGCAAGGAAUGCGCUCAAGCAGGCCCUUCGUGGCGGCUUAUACCAGGGCGUUGGGAGUGUCAUCGUGGCAACGGUGCCCGCAGCGGGCGUCUUCUUCGCCACCUACGAGUCUGUCAAGUCGGCUCUGCCUCGUGCCCUACCGGAAGGUGCGCCCAAGCCGCUGGUCCACUCGCUCGCCUCCGGUACCGCCGAGCUUGCCUCAUGCCUCGUUCUCACACCUGCAGAAAUCGUCAAGCAGAACGCACAGAUGAUUCGCAGCCAAGGUGGUGGUAGUCGUGGCGGCGGCGGCGGCACCUCGCUGCAGGCUCUGCGUAUGCUGCGGACAUCCGAGGGCGGCGUCAACCGCCGUUUGUGGACGGGGUUCUCGGCCCUGGCUGCUCGCAACCUGCCCUUCACGGCGAUGCAGUUCCCAAUGUUUGAGCACGUCCGCGCGUCGCUGUGGCGAUGGCGCGACGACAGGCGGCGAGCUAGAGGGCUCGCCGCGCCGCCCUCCCGGCGCGAGGCCGGCGGUGCCGACAUCGGGCGUGGCCUCAUGGAGACCGGGCUCGUCAACGGCGCCAGCGCGGCCCUUAGUGGGUCGGUCGCUGCGGUGGCCACGACGCCAAUCGACGUUGUCAAAACGCGAAUAAUGCUUUUGGGCGGGGAGGGGCGAGCCGGCGCUGCAUCUGGGCACACCAGCAGCGGAGGAAGGGGGAGGGCUGGAGGCUUCGAGGUCGCCAAGAAUGUCUAUACGGAGCUGGGGGUCCGCGGGCUUUUCCGGGGAGGGCUAUUCCGUGCGGGCUGGACAGCGCUUGGGAGCGCCCUGUAUUUGGGCACGUACGAGGUAGCCAAGUUAUGGCUGGUGGGAGACAGCGGAAGGUGAUGGCGGGAUAUAAUUAGAGGCCUUGAUAUCGACAACAUGACAAAGCCGUCGCGGCUUUCUUCCAGAA